AGUCCUUGUGGCGCGUUUUCCAAAAUUCCCUGGCCUUAAAUUGCAGAGUUAAUUAGUGUCGACAUCAAUUAUAUUAUAUCUCUAUAUUUCGAGCAACGAAUCUACAUUGCUAUGAUGAGCGUCAUAAACCUCCAUUCAUAUCCUUUGGAUGGCUAUCAGCGAGUCAGCUACCGCCGAGCAGCCUCGAUGAGGCGGAUCACAGACGACGGCGACAACGCCGCCGGCGAUGGCAUUGUAAUCUGUAAGAAUCUAGUGCUGGGAUGCAAGCCCGAGAAGGCCGAUGACUUUCGGCCCUUCGUAUUCGAGCCCACGUGGUGCGUAUAUAUCAGGGCGGAGGAUAAUGUGGACAUGGGCCGCUAUGUGAAGCGUGUCACCUUUCGCAUGUCGCCCCGUCUGCCGCUGCGUCUGCAUGUGGCGGAUACCGCGCCUUUCGAGAUCACCGAGGUACUGAGCACAGACUUUCCGGUGGAGCUGCAAGUGGAGUACCUGGACCCCACCAUGUCGCCCACAACAUAUUUGUACAAGCCCAACGAUGUGUUCGAUGGCAAAUACAAUGUGGAUCUGCGCAUGAAUUUCCAGGGUCACGAGCGCCGGGACAAAAUGUUCUUUAUGAAUCCAUCGCGAGCGACCCAGCUGGCCCUAACGACUCCAGGGCCGCUAGCGACUUCUCUCGACAAGUCAAAGCAGCAGUCGGCCCAGUCACAGGACGCCGAGAAGUCAGCCAAGAAGCAAAAGCUAGUCAAGUUGGCCACAUCCAGGACUGAGGGAGCCUCAGUCUACGCGAGCCCCUUUGCGUCGCCCUCGGCUCCCAGGCCCAUAUUUAAUGUACGCCCUUCUCCGCUCACGGAAAUGGGCCCAGACAAGUCUUAGGCUCGCAUCUGCUCGCCACCCAC